GUUGCUGUACUUGUUCGCAGUGGUGUGGUUGAGGACAGUCCUGUCGGUGUCGCUGUCUUCCUCCGGGCGCAUGCAGCUGACCUGGACCCGACCGCCCUGGGGGAGUACCUCGGGCACCACGAGGAAUUUGAAUUGGCGGCCAUGCACGCGUACGUGGACCAAGAGAGGUACGGCGGCAUGUCCAUCGACGCUGCGCUGCGCAGCUUUCUGCUGCCCUUCCGGCUACCCGGCGAGGCGCAAAAGAUCGACCGCCUCAUGGAAGCGUUUGCGGAGCGCUACGUCCGCGACAACCCCGGGGUCUUCCGUACCGCCGACGCCGCGUACGUCCUCGCCUUCGCCGUCAUCAUGUUGAAUACAGACGCACACAACCCACUGGCGGAACGGCGCCUUGACCGAGCCGGCUUCGUCGCGAUG